UUGUCUUGCGUGGAAUGUGGCUAUGGUGGAGCUUCCCGCGGCGCGCUUGAGCUCCUCCUCGGCGUCCUCGAUCGAUGUUGGUGAGGGUAGGGCUCGCGGUCACUUGCUCGGUCGCGGCAUUGGCGCUAAAUCACAUCAAGAGCAAGCGCGAGAGAGAUGCCGCCGAAUUUCAAGCGAGGAUCGCCAAGAAGAAGCAGCGCAAUGACAAGGAGAUCGUUGCCUAUGGAGACAAUCCAGCGCCGAGUGAAGAGGAGGAAGAAGAAGUGAAGCAAGUUAACGUGGUAGUUCGCAAAAACGAGAGAAACGAGCUGCUUCUUCCAGAGAUCGAAGACCUUAUAUCGAAUGGAUUGGACAUUUUUCCAGAGCCAGAUGAUGGGAAAGGUGGAAUUAAACUCGUGGAUGAGAUCGGGGAUUUGAAAGCCAGGCUCCAGCAGCUCCAGGAAAAAGAGAGGAAGCUCAACGCAGAGCUUUUGGAUUACUAUGGUCUCAAGGAACGGGAAAAAGGCGUCAAGGAGCUGGAAGCUCAGCUUCUGGUAAAGGAUGAACAGAUUACUAGCCUCACGGCAUCAAUCCGGAAGUUGGAGGAUGAAAAAAAGAAGAUGGCCGACGACAUCAAAGCCGCUAGUAAAUCCAGAGGCGAGCUCAGUGAAGCAAGGAUGAAGAUCAAGGAUUUGCAGAAGCAACUUUCCAGUGGAACGGGAACAAAUGCGGCACAGAACGCGGCGCAGAUCACCAUGUUAAAACAGCAGCUCGAAACACUUAAAGCUAAGGAGCAGAGCUCGAUGAAAAGGAAUUUUGAGAUCGAGAAGAAAAUGCAAACGUUGAAGGAGCUUGAGAUUGAGGUGGUCGAACUUCGCCGGACUUGUAGAGAGCUUCAACACCAGAAACGAGACCUGACAGUGAAGCUUUCAGCAGCCGAAGCUCAAGUGUCUUCAUUAUCGAGCGUAACAGAGACUGAGCUGGUGGCCCGGGCAAACAACGAAUCUCAAAUUCUAAGACACGCAAACGAUGACUUGAUGCGGCAAGUUGAAGGCCUUCAAAAUAAUCGGUUUAGCGAAGUUGAAGAGCUUGUUUAUUUACGGUGGGUCAAUGCGUGCUUACGCUACGAGCUACGUAAUUUCAAGGCAGCCGAUGGGAAAUUUACAGCUUUGGAUCUCAACAAGAGUCUGAGCCCGAGAUCUCAAGAGAAGGCGAAGCAACUUAUGCUGGAGUAUGCUGGUCCCGACUUACUGGCAAUGAGAUCCAAGGAAACUCUACCGGACAGUGGCUAUGACAGUCCUUUCUCGCGUACGUCCUCCGACAGCAUUGACAUGGACGACUCGCAAUACGGUAGUGAGGAAUCCAGCUCCAAGAAACCUGGCUUGAUCAAACGACUCAAGAAGUGGGGUCGUAGCAAGGAUGAUUCUCAAGUUGGCGAUAAACCGAAAGGCGAGAAGAACAAGAGCCCGGGGCAUAGGAUUGCCACACCGGCUAGUCCUAUGGGACCUCUAGAAACGAUAUUGCUAAGGAACAGCAAGGACUCUGGGAUCACAACUUACGGUUCUGUGGACACGGAUGGUGCUUCUCCAAACGAAUCGCCUGCGAAGGGAAAGCAAGAGCCAGCAAAGUUGACGCCACUAAAGACCAAGUCGGACGGCCUAAACAGUAUCGCUGCUUCAUUCCAGCUUAUGUCACGGUCCGUUGUAGGCAGUGACGUUGCCGACAAGUACCCCGCUUUCAAGGACAGGCACAAGCUGGCUGUGGAGCGGGAGAAGGCUAUUAAAGAGAAAGUGGAAGAGAUAGCAGCAAGCAAGAAGCCAGAGGCUGUCGCGAAAAUGACGCCUGCGGAAGUUGAGAAACGAGAACUUCGGGUUGCUAAGCCACCUCCAAAGCCUUCCUUGGCUGGGCCACCAACGCAGACUGUUCUCCCUCCCAGGCUCGCAGGAACUGCACCACCGCCACCUCCGCCUCCUCCAGGUAUUCCAGGUGCUCCACCCUUGCCACCGGGUGCUCCAGGAGCGCCACCUCCGCCGCCUCCCUUGCCUGGCAUGGGUAAGCCACAGGGCCAAAGUGGAAGCAAGGUUCAACGAGCUCCCGAGGUGGUGGAGUUUUAUCAGUCCUUGAUGAAGCGAGACGCAAGGAAAGAUGCGGCAGUUUCUAGCUCCGGAAACGCAUCAUCAGAAGCUCGAAGCAACCUGAUCGGUGAAAUCGAGAACCGGUCAUCACAUCUUCUAGCGAUAAAAGCUGAUGUUGAGACGCAAGGCGACUUUGUCAACUCACUGGCUGCUGAGGUUCGUGCUGCAGUCUACUCGAACAUUGACGAUAUCCUUGCAUUUGUCAACUGGCUUGACGAGGAGCUCGCAUUCCUGGUGGACGAGAGAGCGGUCUUGAAGCACUUCGAUUGGCCGGAGGCAAAGGCUGACGCUUUGCGGGAAGCUGCGUUUGAAUAUCAAGAUCUCCAAAAACUAGAAGCGGACAUCUCUUCCUACAAAGAUGACCCCCGCGUACCCCGAGACGCCGCUUUGAAACGAAUGUUUUCACUCCUAGAAAAGGUAGAGCAAAGCGUAUUCGCACUCUUGCGAACAAGGGACAUGGCUAUAGCACGCUACAAGGAGUUCAACAUACCAACGUACUGGAUGCUCGACUCGGGACUUAUUGGAAAGAUCAAGCUCGCAUCUGUCAAGCUAGCGCAGCAAUACAUGAACAGAGUUAUAAAGGAGCUGGACUCUGUCCAAGAUAAGGAGCCGCUACGAGAGUUCUUGCUCCUCCAAGGAGUCCGGUUUGCCUUUAGAGUUCACCAGUUUGCUGGUGGCUUUGAUCCAGAGAGUAUGCGAACAUUCGAAGAGCUGCGAAAUCGUGCUCAAAGUGAGCAGCUCAAAAGGUCAUGAAAGUAUCCUAACCUUCAGUUUUGCUUGUAUCUAUAGUGUCAUCUAACAGUGGGCCUGGACAAAUGUAUAAUUAAAACUAAUAAUAUGGAAACAAUCUUUCUGUGGUUUUGAUA